GAUGAACUGGCAACUAAAUCAAAAUAUGUAUCGAAGAAAUACAUAAAAUGACACGAAAUUUCGUUUGAACAUGCGUGGAAAUUUAAACAGGAACCUAUGAUAAGAUUCAACUCGGAGGAAUUCGACUGGGAGAUUAAUGACAGAUACAAUGUCCUACUUUAUCAUACGUCUACAUUCGUACUGACCUGAUAUUUGUAUAACAAAUACAUCUUAAUGCAAGCACAUAUAACGGGCAGUUAAGCACACACUUCUUUAUUAUUGCGUAUUGUUCUUUCACUGUUCAAACCCUAUCUCGAUAUGAUGAGAAAAGUGACGUACUUUCUUCGUGUUCUUACUUUAAGUGCCAUAAUCGGCCUAUUACAGUCUCAAAGACAAUCGCCGUCGAAUUGGUAUCGUAGACUUUAUGACAACAAUACGAGCGGAUCAAAAUUGAUAGACUUGAGCAUUGGAACAUUGAAUUUCUUGAAGCAAAACCAACGUUUUCGAAGUCAAAAAGUAUUGCAUUUAACACUGCAAGAUGGAGAUACGUUUGAUUUCAUUGUGAUUGGUGCCGGCACGGCCGGCGCUGCAAUAUCAGCGAGGCUGAGUGAAAAUCCUCACAUCAAAAUAUUACUGAUCGAAGCUGGAUCCAACGACAGCUUCUUCACGAACAUUCCUAUGAUGGCUCCCAUCUUAUCUCUAAACAACAAGAUCAAUUGGAAGUACAAAACUAAGCCAUCCAAUAAGUAUUGUCUUGGUAUGAAUGAUAACAGUUGCGCUUGGUCGGCGGGAAAAGUAAUCGGCGGCAGUAGCGUGCUAAAUUUUAUGAUAGCAACUAGAGGCGGCGCCGAAGAUUACGAUCGAUGGGCCGAGAUGGGAAACGAAGGCUGGGCAUACAACGACGUUCUCAAAUAUUUUAAAAAGCUGGAAACAAUAGAUAUCCCGGAGCUGAAAUCGGAUAUUCUCUACCAUGGUACCGAUGGACCAGUACAUAUCACGCACCCGUCAUUUCAUACCCCGUUGGCAGAGGCAUUUCUAGAAGCCGGCAAGGAGCUGGGAUAUCCACUAGUAGAUUACAACGGGAAGAACGAAAUAGGAUUCUCAUAUUUGCAGACCACGAUCAUGAACGGCACUCGUAUGAGCAGCAAUAGGGCAUAUUUGAAGCCCGCGCGAGAUCGC